GAAAAGGAAGAGAGAAAAAUAAAUUAUUGGACUAUACAGCAGAGAAGCAUUUAUUCUUCUCUGAGAAUCUCACAUGUGGGCUCUGUUAACGCGACAAAAUAUAGUUGAAAAAAAAACUUCUAUCCCGAGAUUUGAAUCUGGUGAAAACUUCAGUCAUGCGGUACAGAUCGUUGUCGUCUAUAUUUAUGGUCAGAUAAUAGUGUAGUAUAUUCCACUCUCUUUAUGAUAUUCCAAAUUUUUGAUUAUUAUAUUUUGACAUUAUGAACUUUUACUUUGUCUGAAAAAAGGGUUGAGACUGUAUGCUUUGUACGUCGAAUGAACUUGGGAGUUGGAAAAUAUUUGGUGUAAUUUAUCACGAGUCCGAGGCCUGCAACGGAAAGAGAAUCAAUCCAAUCGCAUGUUUUUAUUUUCCAUGCGAGCGGUAACUCAACGAAUCGGGAUCGGGACGGUCGAAUUGAAUUGAAGAAAUAAACGCGAUAUACAGCCAUGAGAAAUCGCGUGGUGUUAAAGGAGGAUACACAAAUGCGUCGUAUGUAUUAACGAAAAAAAAAAAAAAGGAAUGGAAAGGAAAAGAACUCUGUGAACGUCGUCACCGCGACGCGCAUAAUCGCUAGAUUUGUACUUGUCCGACCUUCAUGGAUAUUUCAUUACACAUAGUGUAUGUGUAUAUGCAACCUAAUGCUGUGCUUUCAAUCGGGAAUUUAAUCGGGUGCUUGAUUGCCAUUGAUUUAUUGAUUCAAGACUGUUUAAUACUUGCUGUCAGAAGAGCCGUAAACUAAAAUCAACAAUGUAAUUUACCACAUCGCAGAAUUUUGUUCAACCAGCUAAUCUGACUAAAUUUUAUUCCGAACCUCGAGGCAAGUAUGGAGUAAAAUUGGAACGAAGUUGCAAUGUGCAAAAAAUGGGAGAUAUGCGGUCCACGAUCAUCCGAAUUGUAGCUUCCAGCGAUGCAGGAAUGCACCCUGGGUUGCAUAUGUUUUGGGUACGACGAAAUUCGCGUUGGAGCUUUCGUACGGAUUUACAGCCGAUAUCUUAACUAAAAUCUCAUUUCACGGUUCUCAAGUCUUUGCACAGAAUUUGAAAACAAUGAAGAAUGCAUCGUAGAGCCAGAAUUUCAUCCCACAAGCCCACACAUUCUUGAUGUGGCUUGAAAAUCAUUCCAGAUUUUUUAAUCCUCGCCGAUGUACAGGCACUCGGCAUAAAACCUGGAGACAAAUGAUCCUGAUAAAUCACUACAUCAAUUGCAAUAAGUUACGCCACACGAAAUAUUCAAACGCUAACAACAGAAGUAGAGAACUAUAGAAACAGGUGCGAAGCCUUAUACUGACGAAUAUUUUAUUAUUGUUCGCAAAAUUUAUUUGAAACAUUGUCUGGAAACUUUGUAAUAUCACAAUUUUAAGCAUACAACAAUUAACUGUACUUGCCUGUGGUGAGGAUACAGUGCUCUUGAUCGAUUGCCAAAAUCUAAGUUAUUACCCGGCAAUUCAAAUGUUCCGAUUUUUCAAUGAUUCAAAUUUACGAUAAUUCAGUCGAUUCGAUCAGCUGACCAAUCACGCAAGCUCGCGGAUAGCAUGGAGCUUUCAAAAUGAACCAAUUGACAGACUGCGCGAAUGAAUGCGCAUUCAGUUUAUGACCGAAUACAUAACCAAAUGAGAACUGUCAAAGUGUCAAAAACAUUCAGGAACAUCUAGUGUUGACGAAUAAGUAGUUAUAGAUAAUCAUAUACAAAUUUUUUACCAUGAGCUAUUCACAUGGAUCGAGAAGAAUCAGGAGAGAUAGCAGGUCGAGUUCAUCGAAUAAACGAAAAAGAGAUGGAAUCGAGGACAAAAGUUUGAAACAAUCCUCAGGAGAGGAUCCAGACUCCUCGUUUCUGAAAUAUCGUUACGAAUUGAGCAAGGUAUUCUCAGCUCAUCCCAAUCUGGUACAAGACUUGGAGGAUUUCUGGAUAUUUGUUAGGAAGUAUGAAGCUGCGGAAAAGAAACGAGGGAAGACAGAACGGGUGGUGGAAAUACCUGAGGUUUUGUCGAGCUCAAAAGAUCUACCAACUGGCUACCACAGAUCAUAUUGUUUGAAUUUCAAACUAAAUUUAGGUUUUGGAGAGCUCUUUGCGAGAGUUCCAAAUACUCGAGAUCUAACGGAUCAGCAGAUGUUAAAGUUUCAAGAGAUUAUUAAUCUCUACUUAGACUUUAAACAAAAAGAAAAAUUCUCCAAAUUGAAGAAGCUCAGAGAAACACAAGCCAAUUUACCUGUAUCACAAUAUCGCGAGGAGAUUGUAAACGCGGUUAAAAAUGAACGAGUUGUCAUCAUUGCUGGAGAUACUGGAUGUGGAAAGUCUACGCAGGUCCCCCAAUACUUAUACAAGGCUGGAUUUGGCAAAAUAGCUUGCACUCAGCCACGAAGAAUAGCCUGUAUAUCUCUGGCUAAAAGAGUGGCAUAUGAAACCCUGACGGAAAAUCGGACCGAAGUUGGUUACCAAAUAAGAUUUGAAAAGCAAAGGAAUCAGGAGACCAAAAUAACUUUCAUUACAGAGGGAUUGUUACUGCGCCAGGUAUCUGGUGAAAUAGGACUUUCUCAUUACGACGUAAUUGUUCUUGAUGAAGUACACGAACGACAUUUACACGGUGACUUUUUACUCGGCAUAAUGAAGUGCGUAAUUAAUCAAAGGAAUGAAUUGAAACUAAUUCUGAUGUCUGCCACUAUAAAUAUACAGUUGUUUAGCAACUACUUCGCUAAAGAGGCAGUGAAAGUGAUACAGGUUCCAGGGAGGCUGUAUCCCAUACAGCUGCAUUACAGGCCGAUAGCAAUAGACGAUCUACGCCAGAAAAAUGAUAGAUUCAACCCAAGUCCCUAUGUGCAGAUAAUGCAAAUGAUUGACAAAAAAUAUCCACAAGAGGAGAAGGGGGAUUUGCUGAUAUUUCUAAGCGGGAUGAGCGAGAUCACUGCAGUCGUCGAUAAUGCAAAAGAAUAUGCCUCAAAAACCAAGAAUUGGAUAGUCCUACCUCUGCACAGCACGCUGUCUAUCGCAGAACAAGAUAAGGUCUUCGAUUACGCCCCGGAUAAUGUACGUAAAUGCAUAGUAUCCACAAACAUUGCGGAGACAUCAAUUACAAUAGACGGAAUAAGAUUUGUGGCCGAUAGUGGAAAGGUGAAAGAAAUGAGCUACGAUCCAAUCUGCAAAAUGCAACGACUAAAGGAGUUUUGGAUAAGCAAGGCAAGUGCUGAACAAAGAAAAGGAAGAGCCGGAAGAACAGGGCCGGGGGUUUGCUACAGACUUUAUUCUGAAGAAGAGUACGAAGCUUUAGAGAAAUACUCGACUCCUGAACUACAAAGAGUUCCAUUGGACUCGUUGCUCCUGCAAAUGGUCUCUAUGGGGCUACCGGAUUCUAGGAAAUUCCCUUUUAUAGAACCCCCACCCCCAGAAAGUAUUGAAAACUCAAUUCUUUCACUAAAAGAGCAUGGCGCGUUAACAGAUGAUGAAAAGUUGACUGUGAUCGGAAGAACUCUGUCGCGCUUACCUGUUGAUAUAACUAUUGGCAAAAUGUUGAUAAUGGGAUCUUUAUUUCACCAAGUUGAGCCAGUUCUAUCUUUAGCUGCUGCUCUCAGCAUUCAGAAUCCGUUUACAAACAGAGCGUACAGAGAUACAGAAUGUGAGAAUUCGAGAAAGAAAUUGGAAUCCGAUCACGGGGAUCCCAUAACGUUAUUGAACGCUUACAAAGAGUGGCUAGAGGUGAAACAGGAGAGCAGUCGCGAUUCGAGAGGUACUUCUAGCGUGAGUAGAAAAUGGUGCAAAAGACGUGGCCUGGAAGAGCAAAGGUUUUAUGAGAUGACCAAAUUGCGGACACAAUUCAAAGAACUGCUUCAAGAUUGUGGUUUGCUAAAAAAUACACAAAAACCAAGUGCCUCUAUGACUAGCACAGAGCGGAUGCUCAGACAUGGAGAAAUGAAAUUAUUGAAAACGUUGAAGCGUACUUACAAACAAGCAGCUCCUAGGAAAAGAAAGGAGUUAAAAAUAGACCUGUUCGACAUCCAAAUGGAAGACAAAGAUGAAAAUGAAGGGGAGAUUGACAUAAAGGAUGUGGAAUUUAGGAUGAGAAAUGAUUCAUCUCAAGUACAGAGCCUCCUUACAGCAGCUACAGCGUGUAGUUACAAAGAUUUAAUGAUGUUGAAACUAAUUUUAUGCAGUGGCCUCUACCCACAGUUUGCCUGCGCCGAUGAAUUCAACUACUGUAAAUCGACAAGCGAGCAGCUUUUUCACACAAAAGCCAAGCCGUACAUCGCUCUCCACCCAAUGAGCUUCUUUGGUAACCAUCCACAAAUUCUGCAAUUAGAAGAACCAGAUAUUUUAUCACUUCCUUGGUUCAAAUCCAAGUCUCCACUUAGCCCAAAGCAUCAGCUGCUGGCAUACUUGUCCCUUUUAGAAACAACAAAACCCUAUUUAGUAAACACUUUGAGGAUGCCGGCAGCCCAAACACUACUACUAUUUGCUCAUGACAUCGAUACGAACUACACAUUCUCAAUUCUGGUUUGCGACGCAUGGUUGAAGUUGGAAUUUCCAAUGCCAGAUAGCGGGCAAAUAUUGCUGAUGAAAGCUACCAAAUUAAGACAAAAAUGGGACACACUUUUGAACCAAAGAUUGCAAGAAGCGGAACCAUCAGUUGCUUCAAAAAAAAACACCAGUCAAAUCGAAUACGAGCUCAGUCAAGAGCUGACACAAUUCAUGCACACCACAGUGCCCUAUACAAUAAAACGCUUACUUCCUGCAGAUCUAAAGACAAUUUACGUCGGUCGGGGAGAAAAUUCGGACAAAAUAGACCCCAAUCCUUUCCAGAGCGAGUUUGACUGUGAAGCAAAUCCAAUCAAAGGUGGCGUACGAUUGACCGAUAAUAUCACUUUCAAUUGUCUACUUGAGUGCGACUGGAGUGAUAAACUGGCUGUGGAUAUGAUCGAGACUGAAUGGCACUGCCCAAAUUGCAGCCGCAAUAUGAUUGUAAGCAGCAUCGAAAAAUUACAGCACCAAAGUAUGUGCUUGAGUGGGAUAGCUAGCCAAGAAAUCGAUAACACAUCUACUGAGCCAGUUGUGGAGAAAAAACCGAAUAGUCAGGCUUACGAUUGUCCAGAUUGUAAGAAAGUAAUUUACCUUACACCUAUAGAAAUACUUAGGCACAAAAGACAGCACUUGUAGCACUUUGUACAUAGAUUUAUUUUUUAAUAAACUACAUUAAAUGAAAAA